AUGGAGAGGGAGCGAGAGAGGAAGAGGGUCUUGGGUCUUUCUCUGCCUACAGAGGCGGACCGUGCAAGGAUGGUUCUCCAGUCAAUCUUUGAGAUGGAGCAAAGCGUCGAAGUAUCUCUAGCAUUGGAGAGGAAAGAGGAGCGUCUGCGUCUACAGGAAAAGAGGCGCGCAGCGCAAGGGUGA